AUGGCGAUGAGUGCCGUCAAACACCCUACUACGCAUGCACAGGUCAUCUUGUCUACAGAGCUUAUGAAAUGGCACUUGCUGCGAGCUUCAUCCAGGGAGUUUAUGUUAAGACGAUGGGCUGCCUGGUUUGCCCCAAACAGCAUCACUGUGGGGGCCAGAUUUCAUGAUGUGAAGUCAAACACCACCGUCUCGGCGUUUUGGGUGCACGACUUUGAGAAACGAAGACUGUACUUGGGGUGUAUGGACGUGCGGCGUCGCGAUAGAAUGGAGGGUGGGAUCAGGAUGGUGCUCUCCAUGGCUGUACAAGAAGCCUGUGGAUAUGGCCUCAAAGAAGUCAUCUUGUGGGAACCAACGGCUCAAAUCAUGGAACAGGCAGAAAGACUUGCCGAUGAAAUUGGCCAUGGCGUGACAGCAACAUGCGAGAAUCGAUCUGAGAUGAUACCCUGCUUCCGAUGGCACGGAGGAGAGUCGAAAGAGGUGAUAUGGACAGAGAGCGGGUACUUUUGCCAUGCCUGA